AUGCGGGUGCCAGAGUUUGAUCUCGAGACUGCUUCUUCCUUUAGUGCUUCUACGGCAAGUACGGCGAGUUCUACAAGUACUUCUAGAUGCUGCAAUAAUGUGAGUAAAGGUGGUUGUAGCUGUCUUUCGACUUCGAUAAACGAGUUCAAUGAGGCAUUAAAUCGUUUUUGUGGUUACGAACGUUUACUGGUUAAGGUAAUCGUUAUCAUCAUCAGCUACAUUAUUUUGAUGCCUCUGAUUGCUUAUUUGUUUAUGGAUGGUAUUGUUGUUGGUAUAUAUUGCCUCCUUAAUGUGUUCGCUGGUAUAUAUGCAAUUCGUGGCUGCUUCAAGCAGAAAAUUUCUAUGUUAUAUCCAGCAUUGAUAGUGCAUAUCCUCUAUUUCACCCUCUCGUUGACGGCCUUUGUUAUAACCUUAAUUUGUAUGCUGAACACUACAUACUGUAACAUGUUAAAUGAAUAUCCUUUGAUUCGACAAAUAUUGGAAAAACUUUUCUCGUUUGGCUUUACCAAGUGGCUGAAGUUACUUUUGGUAGUGAGGUUGUGGUGCAUAAUCAAGAGAUUUAAGAAUAUUUCUCAUAUUUGGACAUUAAUUAAAAUGAUGCCUGAAUAUAGCAAUGAACUUCACAAUAUCGCUCUUGAUGUUUUAAGCUUAAAUCCACACCCGAAUAACCUGGAAUUAAUGAAACAUAUGCGACUGCAUGUUCGAGCACAAGAGUCUAAAAAGUCUCGUUAG